GUAAAGACACAAUGCCACUGAUGAGUCUCGUGGUCUGGCCCCUCUCUCCUCCCUCUCACUUACUCUAAAGUUUGCAUUUUUAUCAUGCGAACCGGUGAGUUCGCCCCUCCUCCACCUCCUGGCUUCCGCUCCUGUUGUAGAGCACUCGUCAUCUGAGCUCCGAAGUAUUGCAGUCCUGCAUUUCCAUGGUCUCCGCUUCCAGCUCUCGCGAUCCCCGCGACGGGUUCGCUCGGUGACGCGUCUCCCGAUUCGCGGCAGGUCGCCGGCGGUGCCGCUUCCUUCGGGGCGACGACAAUGUAUCUGAAACGAGGUUGUUCUCUGCUCCUGAAAGCGCAGAAGAAGCCCCGCAUCCCGGUUUUCCUCAACGGUGACGCGACCCCGGUCGUCGGCCCGCCGGGCGAGCCUCCGGGCUGCGGGACCUCGGCCGCCGUCCUCCGCGAAGCCGACGUCGCGAGGAGGCUGCGCCGCGACCCCGACGCCUCGUCGGCCUUCCGGUUUUUCAAGUCCGUCGCGAACGGGGGUAUCUUCCGGCACACCCGGUUCACGUACGAGAUUGUGGUGAAGAAGCUGGGCCGCGCGGGCGAGAUCGACGCCGUGCAGUACCUGCUGCAGCAGAUGAAGUUGGAAGGGAUCGGCUGCGGGGAGGAGCUGUUCGUGGAGGUGAUAGACUCGUAUCGGCGAGCCGGGUUGGUGGAGCAGGCGCUCAAGAUGUUCUAUAGGAUUAGAGAGUUCGGCUGCGAGCCGACGGUGAAGAUAUAUAAUCACCUGCUGGAUGCCUUGCUCAGUGAUGAUAGGUUCUCGAUGAUGAGCCCGGUGUAUAGUAACAUGAAGAAGGACGGCAUGGAGCCGAAUGUGUUUACUUAUAACAUCCUUACUAAGGCAUUGUGCAAGAACGGUAGAGUGGAUGGUGCGCUGAAGUUGCUCGAGGAAAUGUCGAACCGGGGGUGUUCGCCGGAUUCUGUAAGUUACACGACUAUAGUUUCGUCCUUGUGUAAAGUCGGCAAGGUAGAGGAAGGGAGGGAGCUUGCCAGGAAGUUUGGACCGUGUCUCCCUGUUUAUAAUGCUUUGAUUGACGGGUUCUGUAGGGGACGCAGAUUUAAGGAAGCUUUCCGGUUGUUCGCCGAGAUGGCGGAUGAGAAUAUUGACCCUAACGUCGUCACUUAUACGUCAAUCAUCAGUUCUCUUUCAGAUGUGGGGCAUGUUGAGCUGGCUAUGGCAAUUUUCUCUCAGAUGUCUGUAAGAGGAUGUCGCCCGAAUAUUCACAGCUUUACCUCAUUAAUGAAGGGUCUUCUGUUGAAAAGGAAGAUUCAUGAAGCUCUUGAUUGGUGGGACAAGAUGAUCAGGGAAGGUUUUCUGCCCAAUAUUGUUUCGUAUAAUACGUUGUUGCACGGUCUAUCCUCUAAUGGGAAUAUGAAGGAAGCUGUACUUGUUGCUAAUAAGAUGGAGAGAAAUGGGGUUCCUCCUAACAGUACUAGUUAUAGCAUUCUUAUUGAUGGUUUUGCGAAAUCUGGGAGUUUGGUAGGUGCAUCAGAGAUAUGGAACAAGAUGAUGUUCAGUGGUUGCCGUCCCAAUGUUGUCGUGUAUACCUGUAUGGUUGAUGUCCUCUGCAAAAAUUUGUUGUUUGACCAAGCAUAUUCCUUAAUAUUGAAAAUGGCUGAGGAUGAUUGCCCUCCUAACUUAAUAACAUUCAAUGCCUUUGUUGGAGGUUUAUGUGAUGGUGGAAGAAUUGAUUGGGCCAUAAAAGUGCUUGAUUUAAUGAGGAAAUAUGGGUGUUCCCCUGACACAAUUACAUAUAAUCAGUUGAUAAAUGGUUUUCUCAAGGUAGGCAGGUUUGCGGCAGCAAUUGAGAUUGCCAAAGAGAUGAAAGAAAGGGGGAUUCGGAUGACUAUUAUGACUUACAAUAUGCUUUUCUCUGGUUACUGUCGCCAGGGUAUGCUUCAGAGUGCCUUGCAGCUUCUCGGGGAAAUGGUGGUCAGAGGGACAAACCCUGAUGCUUAUACAUAUAGCAUGUUGACUUAUGCCUAUUGUAACCAGGGCAAGUUUAAGGAGGCCAUUCGAUUAUGGGAAGCUAGCACCGAAGCUGGAGAGUGGCAACCUGACCUAACAGCAUACACGCAUCGUAUUUGGGGGAUUUGCAAUUGUUUUGGCAUGGAAGACGCUGUCGCUUGUCUCAAGAAUAUGAUAAAUAAAGGGAUAUCCCCAAAUAUUGUCAUGUGGAAUCUCUUAGUUCGAAAUUUUUUUAACGGCAUGGGUAGUUUGGGGCCCAUUCACAUUCUAGAUGAUCUCAUAGGUAAUGGAUGAGAUAUGACAAUGAUGAAUGCUUUGAAUUUCUCACAGAACAUGAGCAGCCAAAAGAAUGUCAGGUUGAACCGGGGACAGAAUUUGGAGAUAGCGUAUGAAAUGCAGAUAUGAACUGAGUUGCAGAUUCUUGCAUGGCUAUCUUAUGUAACAAUGAUGUGCUCGGAGCAUUUUGUUCCCUUCGACAUGUACAACUGCAGUAUAAAUCCUCUGAGUCACAGAUAGAAGGGGUCUUACUUCAGUCUCAAGGACUGAGGAAAUCUGUGUUUUCUGGCAGCAAGCUUUCUCACCUGAUGGUGUUAUAAAUCCCUCCUUCGUUUGGCAAUUUUGCCUGAGAUGUCUGAUAUUUUUAUGCACUUGUGCUUUCUUUCAAUAUCAAUAUAUGAAUUCCAAAUUCUGAAAUUUAACAUGGAAUUGUUCAAAGAUCUCCUUCUCAUGUAUGAAUGUAACUGUAGAUCUCGAUCGAAAUAUACAUGAACAGUGAUGAUUCCUUUGCAUGUGUUUGCCGGUUCAUGAUUGACUGCAUUUGAAGCAGCCGAUGAUGGUGAUAGUAGCUUGAUAAGAAAGAAAUGAUAGUUGUUUCCAGGUGACAAUAGUUUUCUUGUCUGCCCGUGUAUGUGCCUUGUCCUCUUUUCUUUCCAAUACCAUGUCUUACCGUCAUGAACUUUACCCUCCUUGAUGUGUUCUAGGAGAUAAUUGUAGCUUGUGAAUGAAACUUGCGUUUACCAGUUUGCAAAGAGUAUAGAUUUUUUACGGUUUUCUUAUGGUGAAUGCUUCUAUGCUUGAUAGAAUUGUCAGGUCUUCAUCAUCAGAUGGAAAUUUCUCUGUAGGAAGAGCAUGGAGAAUGCAAUUUGGCGGAGAUCACGGAUAUUAAAUGGAGCAUUUUGGAGACCGAAGAAGAAGAUUGCGUAGUUCUCGGGAUGGGGAAUGUCCUCAGGCUGCUGCAAAUAAUCAGGGGGAUAUUUUUUCAUCAGUUAUUGGAGCAUUCUCAGACAGUCGCAUCUGAUAUUUGCGGUCUGCUAUAUUUAAGGCUUCAUGUACUUGGUUCUAUUGUUGCUCGUGGUAUCAUUUUAAUGCAAAUUAGUAAUGUUCUCUUGAUGUAGGCUUGUUUCUUUUAAAGAGAUGAGAAAGGAAGUGAUUACUGCUGCUCUUAGGUGUCUUCUAGAAA